UCUCCUAAUAUAUCAAUAGAGGAGAAAUCGAAAUCUGCUACUACGAGGCAGAAAGAAAAACUCUAUGUGGAGGAAGAGGAUUUAUCAGACGUUGAAGAAGAGGAUGGAUUUUUACAAGCCUUUCAAGUCGCCAACUUCGAGUAUAUCAAUGAAGCAGAAAGGGCAGUCGAAGAAGAAAUAUUAUAAACUUAUUUUCCAUUUUAGCGUUUUACUUUUUUGUUCAUCUUUGUUCUUGGUUUGAUCGACGGGCAAAGCUCCCGCGACUACCGUUUAUCCCUCCGCCGAUCGCAGAGCCGAUCGCCUCUGCAACGCCGGAAUCUUGUGGAACUUUACUUUAUUCGACUUGUGAUUGAGGGCAAACGGGAUUUCUCGUGUCUGUGAUAUUGCGUGAUGAAUGAAUCAACUUUCUUAAUUGAAUUUGUGAAGAUGCUGGAGAAAAUGGAGGAGAGAUUUGAUGCAGAAGCAGUGAUAAAUGAGUUUGAGUCGUUGUCGAGGGAUGCAGGGACAGUUCAGAGAGAGACUCUGCGGAAAAUCUUGGAUGAAAAUGGUGGAACAGAGUAUUUGCAGAGAUGGGGCCUCAAUGGCAGAACUGAUCCUGAUAGCUUCAAGAACUGUGUUCCCAUUGUCUCCCACUGUGACUUGGAGCCUUACAUUCAGCGGAUUGAAGACGGCAACAGCCCCUGCUGCCUCACUGGGAAGCCGAUAACCACCAUCUCCUUGAGUUCUGGUACCACUCAAGGGAAGCCUAAGUUUGUGCCUUUCAACGAUGAAUUGAUGGAGAGCACGAUGCAGAUUUACAAAACGUCGUUUGCAUAUAGAAAUAGGGAGUAUCGGAUUGGGAAUGGGAAGGCAUUGCAGUUCAUCUAUAGCAGCAAGCAGUUCAAGACGAAAGGCGGGCUAGCUGCUGGAACAGCCACAACCAACGUCUACCGCAAUGCACAGUUCAAGAAAACAAUGAGAGCAAUGCAGACCCCGUGCUGCAGCCCUGAUGAAGUGAUCUUUGGACCAGAUUUCCAUCAGUCGUUGUACUGUCAUCUCCUAUGCGGACUGAUUUUCAGAGACGAUGUUCAGGUCGUCUCAUCUACGUUCGCGCAUAGCAUAGUCCACGCCUUCCGGACCUUGGAACAAGUCUGGGAAGAACUUGUCACUGAUAUCCGUGAAGGGACCUUGAGCAGCCGCAUUACAGUCCCAUUGAUCCGUACAGCUAUGUCAAAGCUACUCGUGCCGAAUCCUGAACUAGCGGAUACCAUUUAUAGAAAGAUCUCGGGGCUAAGCAACUGGUACGGCCUAAUCCAAGAACUAUUUCCGAACACCAAGUACAUAUACGGGAUCAUGACCGGGUCUAUGGAGCCAUAUCUGAAAAAAAUGAGGCAUUAUGCUGGCGAGCUACCUUUGUUAAGUGCAGAUUACGGAGCUUCAGAGGGAUGGAUCGGAGCGAACGUCAACCCCAAGCUCACUCCAGAGAUGGCCACGUUCGCUGUGCUUCCUAAUAUUGGCUACUUCGAAUUCAUCCCUUUGAGAGAGGAUCUAAACCACCAAGGGCAAGAGGCGAAACCUCUAGGGCUCACCGAUGUCAAGAUAGGCGAGGAGUACGAGAUCUUAAUCACCAAUUUUGCAGGAUUGUACCGUUACAGGUUAGGCGAUGUGGUGAAUGUUAAAGGUUUCCAUAACUCGACUCCGGAGCUCCAGUUCAUCUGCAGGAGGAAUCUCCUCCUCACCAUCAACAUCGACAAAAACACCGAGAAGGAUCUGCAGCUCGCGGUGGAAGCAGCGGCCGAGCUGCUGGCGGGGGAGAAGCUCGAGGUCUUGGACUUCACCAGCCGAGUGGAUCUCUCGACGGAUCCCGGGCACUACGCCGUCUUCUGGGAGAUCAGCGGGGACCCCCAGGACGAGCUCCUCCAGGAAUGCUGCAACUGCCUCGACAGAUCCUUCGUGGACGCGGGAUACAUGAGCUCGCGCAAGGUCAGCGCCAUCGGGGCGCUGGAGCUCCGGAUCGUGAGGAAGGGGACCUUCCACAAGAUACUGGACCACUACGUGGGGCUCGGGGCCGCCGUCAGCCAGUUCAAGACGCCGCGCUGCGUGGGCCCCACGAACGACACCGUGCUGCAGAUCCUGUCUGUGAACGCCGUCAGGAGCUACUUCAGCACUGCGUUUUAGUCUGUUGGAUUGAUGAUUUGUUGGGGGGGGGGGGGGAAUAUGCUGUUUCUUUUUCUUUUUUUUCGUGUAGCAUAAAUUUUAUUAAGAAAACUUAUCAGUUCAACUGUAUAAAAUCAACAGUUGUAGUACGAAAUCUUGUGCUUUAGAAUUCACUUAAAUAUCGAGGAUAAAACGCAACUAAAUUGAUAAGGCGUUUAUCCGACGAAUAAUAUGUCAGAGAUUCAAGUCGCCUAGUGUACAUGACUGUAUGAGUUGUGCUAAAAAACUAUAGGCCCGGCCCAAAAUAUCCGGUUGUUCCGACCAGGUUGCUUGUAGUUGAGUAUAUAUUUACAUAGCAA